UGUUGUGCGUGAAACAAGAAAAAACUAUGCCCCACUUUGUUUGUUUGGCGCUCCGAACAGAAUAAGUUUCGCAUCGUGCCUCCCCGGCCACAGGCGGCUCCCUGUCGCGUUACACAAGAGCGGUCCACAGCGGGCGCCGAGCAGCGUUUUAAAACGGGUGGUUUAAAGAACUGAUAAGGCUUCCGUUUCAAGCCGAAUCGGAAUGGAUAAUCGCGUUUAGAGGUCUCGGUUCGUGUUGAACCCACCCCCGCGGUGGGGGAGGAGUGUGGGCAAUCUGCCAGACAGAAUGGAGCCCAAAAAAGGAAAUCAUACUAGCGCUUAAACCGGAUCACCUCGCAUUGGACGACGGCGCGCGCUCAGUGAGGUAGUUUCGCGGCGGCGGCGUACGGUGACGCAAUUUCUCGACGAUUAGGAGAGCAUCGGUUCGACAAUAUCAUUCAUCGACGAAUCGAAACCAUGGCACUGCACGGAUUUCUCGAGUUCUUCCAGCGGGAGAAAACCUUCCGACCGAAAAAACGCUUCACACAGGGCACGAUCCGGUACUCGCUGCACAAGCAUGCCAACGCAAGCCUGCAGUCCGGCAUCAAUCUGAAGGAGGUGGUCAAAUUGCCGCCCGGGGAAAACAUGAACGAUUGGCUGGCGGUGCAUGUGGUCGAUUUUUUCAACCGAAUCAAUCUCAUCUACGGCACCAUUUCGGAGUACUGCAACGAAACGUCGUGUCCGACGAUGAGCGGCGGCUCCAAGUACGAGUACCUGUGGGCCGACGGUGGAACGUACAAAAAACCGAUCCAACUGCCGGCACCGCGCUACAUUGAGCUGCUGAUGGAUUGGGUCGAAAAUCAGAUCAACACCGAAACGCUCUUCCCCGUCUCGACCGAUGUGCCAUUUCCGCGAUCGUUUCCAAUGCUCUGCAAGAAGAUCCUGACCCGGCUGUUCCGGGUGUUUGUGCACGUGUACAUCCAUCACUUCGAUCGCAUCUUCAGUAUUGGCGCGGAGGCGCACGUAAAUACCUGCUUCAAACAUUUCUACUACUUCGUGACCGAGUUCGAGCUGAUGUCAGCGAAAGAACUCGAACCGCUGGCGGUCAUGACUGCUCAGAUGUGCAAAGACUAGUCGUGGUGCG